AUGGAUAAUACUGAAGGACGUCGUCUAUUUGGCGUAAACGCGGCCCUAAUUGACCAUAGAGAAGGCCUGAGAAAGGCGGACACUGGAGGCAAGCAUCAAAAACCUCAAAUUCACUCAGACCUCAUCUCAACCCCGCAUACCGCGUUUAGUUUUAUGGAUAUCACGACUAUCAACCUCCAGGAUCAAUGGAUUAGCUCCCCAAGAAAGAGAAAGACGCAGCAGAAGGACAUCGAAUUCUUUUUUAGAAGUGGGAAGAAUCAUAUACCCCGCAAGGCGCGCGUACACAGAGCGGCAAUGCAAAUCAAGACUCCUCGCACCUUUUUAUUCUCGAAGGUUGAAGCUAAAUUGACACUGUAUCAAUGGGCGACAAUAUUUGAGGAACACCGAUGUCGGAUUCAAACCUCCCUCGCGCUGUACUCAUCUCUGUUUAUAGGAGCAUUCGGUAGCGUUAUGAUCAACAGGAAGGCGACUUUAGCUUUCAGCCUUUUUCCGGAGCUUGAUCCUCUUCGAAAAGAUUGGGAAGAGGAGAGCUCUAUAGAGGAUGAAGUUGUUAAGUCCACAGGGUUAUCAGAGAAAGAACCAUAUCGGACCGUUCAAAAUCCUUCAGGAGAAACACCAUUCUAUAAAUUCAACCCAUCUUCUACUCCUUCAACGCUACCUCACACGAGAAGCCGCGCAACCUCCCUAUCCUCAUAUGUUACCGCACGGGAUGCUACAUCAUUUAUCAAUACCCUUUCGUCUCGUUACAGCAACUUGUCAAACACUUUUGAUGGGAAAUCUUCCUAUUCUGUUGCUUCUUCACGUACUGGGGAGACUGAUUACGGGCUCUACUAUAGGCGUAUGGCCCUAUCACUAAUUUCACUCAACUCUAUCGUCACCGUAAAGGAGAUGAAGACCAACCUGAGGCGUUCCCGCAGCUGGACAUCGACAGCUGACACAUGGGAAUAUGCUGGAACGUCGUGA